UGCAGCAGUGGGUUGUAUGGAUGUGCUGGGACUUGGUGCUUUGACAGGCUCAGUGUGCAAGCACUUUAUGUGUGUGUGUCCGACCACACUCUUCUUGUCUACCUCCAACACACCCCACAGUGACGCUGCAACCAGAAACCCAGUCUGCAAGCAAAAUGCACCCAGACAUCAGGAUGUGUUGGAAGUGGUCGUCGGCGUCUGACUGUUUUCUGUUGCUCUGUUUCAUCAUUGUUGCUGAAAGUGUACCGAUUGAUAAAAUCAAAGUGAGCAAAGUUGAGGAGCCAGAAGUACAGGCAUCACCUGAAACUCAGGAUACGGGGCUGUACUAUGAUCGAUACCUCCGCGAAGUCAUUGAUGUUUUAGAAACUGACAAACACUUUCGUGAGAAGUUGCAGACAGCCGAUAUAGAAGAAAUUAAGAGUGGUAGAAUGGCUAAGGAACUAAACUUAGUAAGUCAUCUUGUGAGAACUAAAUUGGAUGAACUGAAAAGACAGGAAGUGGCCCGGCUACGGAUGCUGAUUAAAGCCAAGAUAGAUGCACAGCAAGGUAAAGAGGCAGGAAUAGACCACCACGCUCUGUUGAAGCAAUUCGAGCAUCUCAAUCACCAAAACCCUCACAGCUUUGAACCCGAGGAUCUGGAAUUAUUGAUUAAAACUGCCACCAGCGACCUGGAGAACUACGACAAGGAACGACAUGAAGAAUUUAAACAAUACGAGAUGCUGAAAGAACAUGAGAGGAGGGAGUACUUGAAGUCAUUGGAUGAAGAAAAGAGGAAGGAAGAGGAGGCCAAAUUUGAUGAAUUGAGAAAGAAACACAAAGAACACCCAAAAAUUAAUCAUCCGGGAAGCAAGGAUCAAUUAAAAGAAGUUUGGGAGGAAACCGAUGGGCUGGAUCCUGAGGACUUUGAUCCAAAGACGUUCUUUAAGCUACACGACACCAAUGGUGAUGGAUUCUUGGAUGAGCAAGAGAUGGAAGCAUUAUUCACCAAAGAGCUGGAGAAGAUUUACGACCCAAACAAUGCAGAAGAUGAUAUGAUGGAGAUGGAGGAAGAACGACUGAGGAUGAGAGAACAUGUCAUGAAAGAGGUUGAUGUAAACAAGGACCGGUUGAUUUCAGCAGAGGAGUUUCAAAGGGCUUCGGAAAAGAAGGAAUUUGGAGAAACAGAUCCUUGGGAGACCCUGGAUGAACAGGACCUUUAUUCAGAAGGCGAGCUGCAGGAGUUUGAGAAGCGACUGUCAAACCAGGAGAAUGAACUGAGGUUGAAAUCGGAUGAUCUGCUGAAGCAGCGGGAAGAGCUCGAGCUUCAACAGGAUCAGCUCCACGCUCAGAAGUUGGAAUUCCACCAGGCUGUGCAGCAACUGGAGCAGAAGAAGCAGGCACAACAUGCCCCAGUGCCGGAAGGACCAAAUGGAGAACUUCGCUUUCAGCCUGGUAUGAAUCCAGCUGCUUCACCAGGUCACCACCAAUCUCAAGAGCAGCCAGUUGCCGAUGGACAGAGUCAACCUCCUCAGUAACCUCCUUGCCGCCAGUCUGUGUGCUUAUACAGGUGUACCUUGGGAUAUAUUACCUUGGGUCUAAACGAUCACUAAUCCAAUCCAAUAUAUCUUGCCACUCGCGUUAACUGUUGAAAACCACUGUUUUGCAAACCUUUUCUUCAAGAUUGUUGUUGAAAACAGUUGUGCAGAUUUUUUUGGAGAAAGAUGGUUUACUUCUGCAAGUGUCUAUGCAUCUCAAAUGGAAUUUCAGACAAACCCCUCUAACCAGCGAUUCGGCAAUUAAUCGCAUAUUAAAACGGUAAUUGAAUUUAGCUCCCGUUAGCUGUGAGCAGCUGUAAGAGUGCUUUUAUUGUGCUAACUUGUACUUAUUUCUUUUGUUGGGGGAGUGGCAGAGAUUUAAAGUUUAUAGCAUUUCUCUGUGGAGUUUAAGACGAGAAAUUUGGGAUAUAGCAGAAUUAGGCCAUUCAGCCCAUCGAGUCUGCUCUGCCAUUCGAUCAUUGCUAAUCUACUUUUCCCUCUCAACCCCAUUCUCCUGCCUUCUCGUAACCUUUGACAUGCUCACUAAUCAAGAACCUGUCAAUCUCCGCUUUAAAAAUGCUCAAUUUUAAAAACGUCCUCCACAACCCUAUGUGGCAAUGAAUUCUUCAGAUUCUACAUCCUCUGGCUAAUUACAUUUCUCCUUGUCCUUUUACAUAAGCAAUUGGGUUGAAAAUUUUGGAAAGCAAUCACUUUGCCAAACCUUUCCUACUUUUUCAGCUGUGUGGCUGAAGUUGCCUCUCCCCAGUGCAAUUCUUCCAACUGAGGGCCUUCAGUUCUGUACCUGUACAGGCCACGGCUAGUGCAUUAGUUAUCACAUUGGCUGCCACAACUGUUAACUAUGAGAACUGUUGAAUCCUAGCUCGUGGUUCAUUAACAUUUUGUGGCCAAAGUAGCAGCAAGUGCAUGUCGUUUUCUACUUUAUCAUAAGUUGAUUGUUUGUUAGUUUUUAUUUAGUUCAGAGAUACAGCAUGGAAACAGGCCCUUUGGCCUACAGACUACACACCGACCAGCGAUCACCCGUUCACACUAUUUCUUUGUUGUCCCACAUUCUCAUCUAUUCCCUACACACUUAGGGCAAUUUACAUAGGGCCAAUUAAUCUACAAACCUGCACGUUUUUGGGUUGUGGGAGGAGACCAGAGCACCCGGGGGAAACUCAGAGGGAGAAUAUGCAAACUCAGUGCAGACAGGACCCCUAGUCAGGAUUGAACCUGGGUCUCUAGCACUGUGAGGCAGCAAAUUUCCCACUGCGCCACUGUGCUACAUUAUGCAUUACUGGGGAAUAAUGCAUAAAAUUGUGUUCCAGUAACUGAAUAUUUCAGCAUUUACUUUUCACCUUCAAGCUAUAAUUAAAGUCCAUCAGUACCCUGCUAGUCUCUGAGACCUGCUUUUAGGAUAGGAUGCAAAUUCAUAUUGUCACCAAGAAUGACUUAAUAAUUCACCAACAAUCCAACCAUUUCAACAGACUGGAGACACAAGGCACUGUAGAUGCUGGUUUGCCAAACAGGGGCACAGUGCUGGAGUAACUCAGUGGUUCAGGCAGCAUCUGUGGAGGACAUGGAGCGGUGACAUCUCAGGUCAGGACCCCUCAAGUUCCCAAGUUCUAGGAGUAGAAUUAGGCCAUUUGGUCCAUCAAGUCCACUCCACCAUUCAAUCUUGGCUGAUCUCUGCCACCUAAUCCCAGUUUCCUGCCUUCUCCCCAUAACCCUUGACACCCGUUCUAAUUAAGAAUGUGUCUAUCUCUGCCUUAAACAUAUCCACCAAAGGCUUCCACAGCCCUCUGUGGCAAUGAAUUCGACAGAUUAACCACCCUUCCUCGGACUGAUUGUAGUGGGAGGGGAAGGAAAGCUGGAAGAAAGGUGGGGGGAGGCGGGACAAGCCUGGCGAAUGAUAGGUGGAUACAGGUGAGGGUGGGCUUGGUUUGUUGGACAAAGGCCAGGGAUGAAAGGACAGAGUGAGGUAAGGAGGUUUAGAUGGAGGAGGCGUGAAAUGUGAAGCCAAAGGAAAGUGUAUCUGUGAAAGGGUGGCGGGGAUGUGAGAGGAAGGGGUGAGCUGGGAGUGUACCCAAGAAUAGGUAGUUCAAUGACCGCCAUGGAAAUGUAACUUUUUAACAAACUGAUUUUUAAAGUAAUGAUUUAUCAUUUUGUCACAAAGCAUUUAAUUAUACUAAAUGCUGAAUGCAGAUGUUUUAAUGUUGGAAUGCCUAUACAUAUCAACUUGAAGCAUUUUAAAUUCUGGGCAUUUCAGAUCUGUCAAAGGUCACCAAUAUUUAUUUGCCAAUUGUGAGUUAUCUUUGUUGAUAACUGAUUUAAAUGUUUUAAAACGGACUUAAAACAUUCAAAUUGCUUUAAAUGCUUUCACAAAGCUCUAAAAAUACGGUUAUUUUUAAAAAGCUGCAUUUGUAAGUGAAGCGCUAGUAAAUAUUUAUCAAAACUAAAUUGUUAUGGUAAUUAUAAUUUACUAUCAUCUGUUUUUUCUUUCAUUCCGCUUUUUUGGUUACAAAUUUUUGCUUGUUUUUUCAAAAGUUUAAAAGCACUUUCAAGAAUCACGACAUGUAUUGUAUUAAUGGUUUAUCUGUAAGCUGGGCAAGGCCUGUGCUAUUUGUCAGUUGGUGACAAUUCUUACCCUUGAGUGUGUUUUCCUAACUACAGUGUACCCUCAUUAUAACGGACCUGUUUAUGCAGAUUUUGGUUCUACCAUAUCUAGUGUCCCCACAGUAUUCAGACACUACUGUCUCAUUAAGAACACAGGCUGCUGGUUACAGUGUUGGAAGCCACUGACAUUGACUAGUAAUUGCUUUGGUCGACACGUGCAAUGAUACACUAAACAAUGUCACAAACAGACUUUAGUAUUAGUAUCACAGUAUUAAAAGUACAUUUUUUGCUGUUGGAAAAGACCGUUGUUUCAUUGAAUGACCACUAGGUGGUUGGAUUGAAUCCCUUCCUCAGUUAUAGCGGACAAUGGUCAAUAAAGGACACCAUUUCCCACCCCCCAUGGUUCAAUAUAAUGAGGGUUAUCUGUACUUUACUGCCGCUGAACGCACUUGUAUACAAAUAUUAAGGGUAGUCACGGUGGGGCAGCGGUCGAGUUGCUGCCUCACAGCAAAUGCAGCGCCGGAGACCCGGUUUCGAUCCAGAUUACGGGUGCUGUCUGUACGGAGUUUGUACGUUCUCCCCGUGACCUGCGUGGGUUUUCCCUGAGAUCAUCGAUUUCCUCCCACACAAGACGUACAGGUUUGUAGGUUAAUUGGCUUGGUAAAUGUCAAAAUUGUCCCUAGUGGGUGUAGAAUAGUGUUAAUGUGCAGGGAUCGCUGGUCGGCACGUACUCGGUGGGCCGAAGGGCCUGUUUCCAUGCUGUAUCUCUAAACUAAACUAAAAUUAAGCAGUCAUUUUCUCAUCUUUUGUUGCUUGUUCAUAAGUUCUAGGAGCAGAAUUAGGCCAUUUCGUUCAUCGAGAACACUCAAUCAUGGUGAUCUAUUUUUCCCUCUCAACCCCAUUCUCCUGCCUUCUCCCCGUAACCCCUGAGACCAUUACCAAUCAAGAAUCUGUUAAUCUCUGCCAUAAAAAUACCCAAUUACUUGGCCUCCACUAUGGCAAUGAAUUCCAUAGAUUCACCACCCUUUGACUGUAGAAAUCCAUCCUCAUGUCUUUUCUAAAGGUGCGUCCUUAUAUUCUGAGGUGGUGCCCUCUGGUCCUAAACUCUCCCACGAGUCGAAACAUCCUUUCCGAACAUUAAGCACUGUUUCUUACCUUUUAUUGCUUGUAUACCAUUGAUGACAAAGGCAUUAGAAACAUAGAAAAUAGGUGCAGGAGGAGGCCAUUCGGCCCUUCGAGCCAACACCGCCAUUCAUUGUGUUUUCUCUCUCGCUCCUUCCUUGAAAAGUGGGAUAACAUUAGCUAUCCUCCAAUCCACAGGAACUGAUCCUGAAUCGAUCGAACAUUGGAAAAUAAUCACCACAAAUUCACAACUCUCUGGGAGAAAAAGUUUUUUCGCACCUCAGUCUUAAAUGGCUUCCCCUUUAUUCUAAGAUUGUGGCCCCUGAUUCUGGACUCGCCCAAAAUUGGGACCAUUUUUCCUGCAUCUAGCUUGUCCAGUACUUUUAACUCACCAGAUAACUGUAUAACUGCAGAAGAACCUCUUUACUCCUAUACUGAAAUCCUCUUGUUAUGAAAGCCAACAUGCCAUUAGCUUUCUUCACUGUCUGAUGUACCUGCACGCCAACUUUUAGUGACUGGUGUACAAGAACGCCCAGGACUCGCUGCACCUCCCCCUUGCGUAACCUAACCCUAUUGAGAUAAUUAUCUGCCGACUUAUUUUUGGCGCCUAAGUGGAUAACUCCACAUUUAUCUAUAUUACACUGCAUCUGCUACGCAUCUGCCCACUCACUCAACCUGCCCAGGUCACCCUGCAACUUCCUAACAUCCUCUUCACAGUUCACACUGCCACCCAGCUUUGUGUCUUCCGCAAACAUGCUAGUGUUGCUCCUAAUUCCCUCUUCCAAAUCAUUAGUAUAUAUGGUAAACAGUUGCGGCCCCAACACCGAGCCUUGCGGCACUCACCUCGCCACUGCUUGCCGUUCUGAAAAGGACCUGUACACUCCUACUCUUUGCUUCCUGUCUGCCAACCAAUUUUCUAUCCAUGUCAACACCCUACCCCCAAUACCAUGUGCUCUAAUUUUAGUCGCCAGUCUCUCGUGUGGUCAACUUUUCAAAGACUUUCUGAAAGUCUAGAUACACUACAUCCACUGGCUCCCCUUCAUCCAUUUUACUUGUCACAUCCUCAAAAAAUUCCAGAAAAUAAGUCAAGCAUGAUUUCCCUUUCAUAAAUCCAUGUUGACUUGGAUUAAUCCCUUUUACUGCUAUCCAAAUGCCCCAUUAUUACCUCUUUAAUAAUUGACUCCAGCUGAAGUCAGGCUAACUGGUCUGUAAUUCCCCGUUUUCUCUCUCGCUCCUUCCUUGAAAAGUGGGAUAACAUUAGUUAUCCUCCAAUCGACAGGAACUGAUCCUGAAUCGAUCGAACAUUGGAAAAUAAUCACCAAUGCGUCCACUAUUUCUGGAGCCACCUCCCUGAGGACCCUGGGAUGCAGACCAUCAGGCCCAGGGGAUUUAUCAUCCUUCAGUCCCAUUAGCCUACCCAAACUAUUUCUCGCCUAAUGAAAAUUUCUUUCAGUUCCUCUACCCCCUUAGAUCCUCUGUCCUCCAGUACUUCUGGGAGAUUGUUUGUGUCUUCCUUAGUGAAGACAGAUCCGAAGUACUUGUUUAACUCUUCUGUCAUUUCCUUGUUACCCAUAAUAAUUUCACCUGUGUCUGCCUUCAAGGGACCCACAUUUGACUAUUUUUCCCUUAACAUAUCUAAAGAAGCUUUUCCUGUACUUCUUUAUAUUCCUGGCCAGCUUCCCUUCGUACUUCAUCUUUUCAGCCUAAUUGCCCGUUUUGUUUCCUUCUGUUGUCCUAUGAAAGUUUCCCAAUCCUCUGGCUUCCGGCUACUCUUUGCUGUGUUAUACAUCUUUUCUUUUAGUUUUAUUCUAUCCCUAACUUCUCUUGUCAGCCACGGUUGCCUCCUGCUCCCCUUAGAAUCUUUCUUCUUUAGAAACACUUUUUUUACUGCAAAAAUAUUUGUAGCCUCCUCCAAACCAAGAAGGUGAUGAUGUUUGCAUAGGCUGGUGCUGGUUGAGUCUAUAUUAGUUGUACAGUGAGGAGCUGAAUUGCAUUUGGAUUUGCACUUCCACUUCAUUCCUCUUGUCAAUAUGCUGGUUUAGCUGAGCUAAUCUGAGGUGAUAUCAGAUGGAGUACAGAAAGGAAUUACAGUGACACUAUCUUUCACUGGGCAAAUUAGUUUAGGUUAGUUCCGAGUCCGCACCAACCAGCGAUCCCCGCACGUUAGCACAACAGACAGACAGACCCAAUUAACCUACAAACCUGUACGUCUUUGGAGAGUGGGAGGAAGCCGAAGAUCUCGGAGAAAACACACACAGGUCAUGGGGAGAAUGUGCAAACACUAUACAGAAAGCACCCAUAGUCAGGAUGGAACCCAGGUCUCUGGCGCUGUAAGGCAGCAACUCUACCGUUGCUCCACUGUGCCUCUCUUAUGAAGUCGUUCACAUAUUAGUGGAACGCUGGAAUCCAAAAUGCCUCAGCAGCAUUACUACAAAGCCAAGAAAACUAUUUUUAUAUUUCAAAAUUACAUACUAUUUGUUAUCAAACCAUCUUGCAUGGUUAGAACUAAUUAGUGAAACGCCUGAAGUGCUGAGAACAUUGUGGGGUGAGAAUCUCCAAGUCUUAUUUUGACCAGAUGCAUCCAUCAAUGUUACCUGAAGGAAUAAUUAAUUCUUGAGUAGCUUCAAUUGGAUGUAAUAACAAGGAACUGCAGAUGCUGAUUUAUCAAAGAAAGUCACAAAUGCUGGAGUAACUCAGCGCAUCCGGCAGCAUCCCUAGUGUAAGAUGGAUAGGUUAUGUUGUAGGAGCUGACCUGAAACAUCAUCUGUCCAUGUCACUGCAUAGAUGCUGCCUGACACACUGAGUUACUCUAAGUUGUGUCUAUCUUUACUUCUAUUGAAUAAUUUUUGUCAGUGUUGUCUCUGGUACCAGAGCGAUCCACUCCCCAAUGUGUCCUUGGCUUAGAACGUAGAACAGCACAAGAACAGGCCCUUCAGCCCAUGAGGUUAAGAUAGACUAAUGUCCUCGGCUUGUACAUAAUCCACAUCGCUGCACGUGAAAGUGCCUGGAAUGGAGGUGUGUUGAUCCUGUGCAGCUUGGCCUUAUUUCUUGCCAAACACUCAUUGCCGUGAGAAAUACAAAAUGCCGUACCACUAGAUCUACGAGUCGUCUUGGGUAACCAUUGUGUUUAGGGGGUGGAAGGGGGCGUGUUCAGGCGGGCUUUUCUGGUUUGCAUCCUUGAUUCAAUGAUGAUUCAAUGAUGAUUCAACGAUACUUUAGAUUCAACGAUCGUCAUGUGGAAUGCUUUGUUUUGCAUACAACCCGGUAAAAUCAUACAGCUGAUCUCACCCCGGCAAUACACAAGCGUUGCCAUGUUUCUGGUGCUGACAAAGUUACAAAAGUUCACCAACAGUCCUAUCUUCUGCCUGCCACCGCAAAUCAGGAAAGCUUAAAGUAGAACAUUGAACCUAGAAGUGCAUUAACUAUCCUGGCAUCCAUAUCUUUUGUCUUCAUGAAUGUCAAUGGUUUCCUUUUAUUGUAAGUCAAUUGUGUGACCCAGGUUGGCAAGGGGGGCUGUGUAUUGCUGAUCUGUUGACUCUAUUAGUGCAAUGUUUUGUUGUUUGUGUCUUACCCCCGCUUGCCUUUCCCAACACUAACUCUACCACGGCCACAUGGACAGGUAUUCCACUGAAUUCAAACCAACUUCAUUGCCUUAGCCCUGAUGAGAAUAGUUCUGCGAAUGGACUUAAAAUAUGCCAUGGUUUUGUGUUUUUAGUUGAUUAUUGUACCGUUUUGCAAUGUCUUUUUUUGAUGGAAAGAAUUAGGUCCUCUGAAUUUCUGAAAUUUGGUUUAUAAAAGAGAUAUGUUUCAACAUAAAGUCAAAUAUUUAAA